AUGAGUGAUAGAAGGUUUAAUAACACCUCUGGCGGCAGAGGAGGAGGCAGAGGAGGAAGAGGAGGAGGACAAGGACAAGCACCUCAACAACAAAGAGUACGAACUCAACAUAGGGACAGAGGCGAUAGAUCAGUCGACAAGUAUUCAAAAGACAAGUCAAGUAGAUAUUUAACAAGAGAUAAACAUACUUUAUUAUCUCGUGAGGAGCAGUUCAAGAAGAAGUAUGAAAAGAAGAAGGAGAAGACUGCAGCUGAUGAUGUUAAAGCAAAGUUUGAACAGUUGGCAGAGGACCCGCUAUCAAGAUUCGCUCUAGGUAGUGGCAAUAGUAAAGUUGAUGAGUUUGUUAGUAGGAGAAGUAAAGGAAAGAAGAGAGCUCAACAGAGAGAGGGAAAGAAGGAUGAUGAUGAGAAUGAGGAUGUAACAGAGGAGAAUGAUCAAGUCAUGAAUGAUACCAACGAUGAAGUGGAGGUCAAGAAGGAUGAGGUCAAGAAGGUUCAAACCAAGGCAAAGGUGCCACCACAAACAGACAAUGUAUCUGUUGCCCCGUCGACGUCAUCAGUCACAGAGAAUGAUGAUGAUGAGACACCAUCAAUAACAACAUCAACAACAACGACAACGACAACAACUACGACAAACUCAAAGAUAUCAGACAAUCCUUAUAUGAUGAACAAUAACGCAACGACGACUACAAAUGAAGAGGUACAGAAUGGAAAGAAACCAAAGUCAAUCAAGGGAAGACUGAUCGAGGCAAGAAAGGAGUUUGAACAAAAGAGAUUGGAGAAGGAACAAAGAAAGAAGGCUAUGGAGGACAAGAAGAAUGAAAACUUGAUGAAGCACAAAGAGAGGAGACAGGAAUCACUCAAACUGAUGAAGCGCACAAAGAGGGGUCAACCAAUCAUGAAGAAUCAACUUAACAAACUGCUGCAGAAGAUUGAGUCUUCCUAA